GCUCGUCGCUCUCCGCGUCCGUCCGUCCGUCCCUUCCUCCUCGCCUUCUCUUGCUUUCUGCCUUAUCCGCUUUGCUUCUCAUCUGACCUGUCGUCCCUUCUCAUCUUGCUCCCGUCCGCCAUGCUCUUGAGCCAACGCCCAGCACUUCCAUCCGAUCGUUGAGUCUAUUCUUGACCAUCACUGUUGUCUCAUCUAAGACUCCGCUUGCUUUGUCGUCCAGCUUAGCCAUCCCUCGCCCUCGCCCUAAGCUCUUCUCUGCUUGCCGAGCGUGGCCCCCUCAAGCUUCAGGCGAUCUCCUUUGCCGGGCUGGCUAGUCGACCCCUCUCGGUGAUCCUUCCCGCUAUCACCUCGUCGUCCGUGCCGGCUUUGUAGCCAGCAUGAAGUACUCCCCUGACCACGACUGCUUCCGUACUCGAGGAGUGCUCUCCCGCGACACCAUCGUCGAGAUCUACAAGCUCCGCACAAACGAUAAGAAAAUCAAGACCGCCGCAAGCGCCUCGGUAGGCCUCAAGCACGGCGUUACGGCCAAGGCCAUCCGAGACAUCUGGAACCGGCGGACAUGGUGGAACGUGACGGAGGCGCUAUGGACGGAGGAGGAGCGGGAGGACUACGCGAGGAGGCGGAAGCCAUGCGGGAAGGCGGGGAGGCCUCGAGGGUCCAAGGACUCGAAGAAGCGGAGAGCAAAGAUCGGGGCAGGUCAGAUAAGCAUGGCAGCCAGUAGAGUAGACGAGCAAGCCCGAGACAGGACUGACCGGCCCAGUGACAGCCAUCAAGCUGGCAGGCAGGAGCUCUGCGUACGGCAAGGUGCAUCGUCGUCGUCAGAAGGCGACGAGCGGGAGGACGAGGACGAGAGCGAAGAGGACGCGGAAGGCGAAGACAAGAAGAGCACAAGUCGUGGGGAUGACGACGAGGCUCGGGCAUCGAUAGGCAUCGCAUACAGCAGCUGGAGCGAGGGAGCGGGGCUGCCCCGACCCAUCCACAUGUCAAGGGAGGAGCUUUGGGGCGAGGCUCUGCGGCACGUCAUGCGAUGACAACCACAGCGGAGAGCAGCGGCCAGUCCGUAGCAGCAGCCCCAGGGGCCAUUCCACUGUCGCAGUCGCCUGCACCUGCAUCCUUCUUACCCCCGGACAGCACCGAGCUCGCAGUGUGUACAGGGAGCAGUUUGUCGCGAGUGAUGUAUAUACAUGCAGACUCCUGCAUCUCACGCCUG